CGUCAUGACGGUGGACGUCAUCUUGAAUGAAAAAUUCCUAUUUUAUUAUUUAUUUUGGUAAAAAACACGUUACUCGGAGCUGUAUUUAGUAUUUCUCGUUUAUAUAUUACCAAAUUAUACAGUUUUAUGUGAUGUUCAACAAUAAAAACCAAUCGGACUCAGUGAAUUUAUAGUGAAUGUGACGCUAAACUUUUGUGUCGGUGAUGUAAUUUAGGUGAUUGGGUGGCUUCCUAGUCCUAACUACAAUGGAGGAAUCCUCGUUCACGAUACCAGCCGACGACAAUGGUGAUUCUGAGCUCGAUCCCAGAAUACAGGUCGAGUUGGAGAAGCUGAAUGCGGCCACUGACGAGAUUAACAAGCUGGAGCUGGAGCUUGAUGAGUCUAUGAAGACAUUCCACCUGCUGCUGAACGAGACGUCCCGCCGGCUGCAGGCGCUUGUCAAACGGCUGGGGACGUGCGUGGACAAGUCCAGGCCUUACUACGACGCUGUGAACGUGGCUUCGGCUGCCAGAGCCGAGUGCCAGAGGGCGGCUGUGCAAUUUCAAAGGGCUAGUGAACUCCACGCAGCAGCAAAGGAGACGGUGACACUAGCAGAGCAGCGCUUCGUCAGCAAGCAGGACGAGUGGCAGUUCGACAGCAACUGGCAGGAGGUGCUCAACCAUGCCAUCAUCAAGGUCAUGGACGCUGAGAAAAGAAAAGCUGAAAGUGGGCGUGAACAUCAAAAGAAAGCGGCGUCGUACAUUGCAGCUGAAAAAAAGGUUGUGCAACUGGAAGAUAACUUGAAACGCAACAUAAUCAAGUCACGUCUCUACUUCGAAGAGAAGAAACUAUGCGACGAGCAGCUGCAGACGCAAAACGAAAAGAUUGAGAAGCUGCAACGUCUGAUUGCCGACGCGAAAUUCCGCUACUCGAAAUCUCUUAAAGCUUUAGAAGAAAUAUCAGAAGAGAUCCAUCGUCGUAGAGGAGAAUACCCGCCCGGCAAAGACACGAUACCCGUGGGACCAAGAGAACCAGGUGUGGGAGCCGAAAGAGACCCGAUCCACGACGAAAACGACUCAAAAGACCCUGAAAACGACGAAGAAUCCAGUCUUCAAGAACUCAGAAUGAGAGUCAGGGAACUAGCUCUAAAGCCAAUCGACAGAAAAGACGUCGAGACAGACGAAGCGUGGGCGUUGGAGCUGAACGAAACGAUCAAUAAACUCGACCAGCUGCUGAUGAUGAAGGAAAACAACCAGCAGAAGCGGUCCAAAUUCACAGCAGUGUCCCCAAGAAAUUCUAGUGCUCCGUCCACGAGCACUAACACUGGGAACAAACACACUCCACCCCCUAGCGACAGUUGGAAGUUCGAGACGAACUUGAAUAGAACCAAAUCUAUAAGCAGGGAGGUGGUGUACGAGAAUUCGAAUCCACCGAUAAGCAAGACUGAGAAAUCGAAGAGCAUGAUGUCGCUUGACGUGUUAGCUCUAGCCAGAGACACGGCCAUUAUGGAUAGGGAGUCUUAUUUAAAAGCUGUCAUUGAAGACAAAUCUCCGACUGGGACGUAUACCGAGAGCAAUUCGGAUAGAAACGAGAGUCCUGACGAGAUUCUGAUGGUGGAGUGCGAUUCCAGCGAUUCCACACAGAACCCCGUCAUUCGAAUGACCAGUUCAACGAUCACUGACAGCGAUAAUAGUUAAAUUUCUUAUGAAUCGCCUGAGUAGAAUCGCUAUUCGUCGCGACACACUUAGGAUUUUUUAUUGAUGUCAAUUUCUAUGUGUUAGUUUAAAAAGAAAAAUCGAAUAAAAACUAAAAAGGCUCACUCUUUUAAUGUUUAGUUAGAGUAGUGUUUGUCUUGUUUUCCACUUGUUGAAUCGUGUAGAGUUUAUUUUAGUGUAAUUCUGAUUUACGUCGACGCCAUAUCACUCCACCGACACGACGCUCACAAAUAUUUAUUUGUUGCACGUACCCAACAGAGGUGGAAUUGUGUAAAGCAAUCGUAAUCAUUUGACAGUUCAUAACGUACGAUUAUUCUGUCAAACGCUUUGUAUAACUGACUUUAUCGUACGUAAUGAACUGUCAAAUGAUUACGAUUGCUUUACACAAUUCCACCUCGGUCGUUGUAGCGGUUAGAAUACACGUAGUCUUUAUUGGUUGUAACACUGUAUUUUGGUUGUAACUGAAUUGUGAAUUAAUGUUCCACUGUAAACAUUUUUUGUUUAGUUUAACAUUUGUGUAUUUUAGAAUUGAUUAUUUUGAGUUUAGAAAAAUUGUAAGAGGUAUGCGUGGUGUUACGAUCAUUGUGCAUUCUGAUAUAAAAAGAAAUAUCUAUUAGUGACUAGUAUUUGUUCCACUUGCGCAAAGAUCGUAGCGCCAUUCAUAUUUUAAAUGUAAAUGUUGCCAUUUUAACGGAAACUCCUUGAAUUUUGAGAGCUCUGUGCCUUCAUUUCUUAUAACAAUGUCAGAGAAAUAAAAGAAGACUGGAUUACACGGUUGGUACUUAUCAAGGUUGUAGUGUAAGACGCGUAGGGACGAUUGUGGCUUAAUUAUUUAAUAACAAGGUUUCUCUAACAUACUCAUAAGUUAAGAUAAAUCUAUAUUUUUAAAUUUUAACGUUUAGGUUGGGUGAUGCAUUUAAGUAAAAAGUAUUGAGUGAAUUAGUUUAUUAUACGUAUUGUAUUAAGUAUUUUUCAUACUGCCCAAUAUUAACAAGAAUAUUUCUAACAAGCGGGUCACGGUUAAUACAAAGCAAUAACAGAGAAUGCCUUCAUUAUGAUGAAUUAAUAAUCAGAUUAAUUAUUUUGAAUCUGGCAAUACCUGAAAUUGAAAAUGUUGCUAUUUGCUACUUGUUAUCGCCACAAUGUUGCGAAAUAGUUAAACUAUUUUUAUCAGGUUAAUUAAUGGCUUAAACUAACAAAGAAAAACUCGUGUUGCUCACAAAAUACUGCAAUCAAGGAAUGUUGUAAGUUAUUUUGCUCAAAAUUGAUCAUGCCAUGGCUUUUUGAGUAAUAUUUUACUACCACGAAAUGAUUUAACUGCACUUGUAAGAAUUUUUCGCAAUCUAUAAUGUCUUUUUCUCUACUGAAUAUUGUGCUAACGAAUAAAUGUCUAAAAUUUAAA